AUGCUUCGUUCAUUCGUUGUGAAAGUUGGUAGGAAUAGUAGGUUUGGUUGUAGAAUUGGCGAUAAUCAUAUAAUUAAUUUAAGAACAUAUAGUGCCACAACUCAAGUUCUGACUAAAGUUAAAACCAUGACCGAACAAAAGAAGGUUACACAUGCUGACUCAGAAACAGCGCCAAUAACGUCUCAAUUGCUUGCAAAACAAGAAAAAUACACCAUUAACACAUAUCUUCGUCCACCCAUUAUUCUUUCUCAUGGUAAAGGUUGUCACGUCUAUGAUUUAGCAAAUAGAGAAUAUCUUGAUUUCACAGCUGGAAUAGCAGUGAACGCGUUGGGUCAUUCCGAUCCUGAAUUGGCGAGAGUAAUUCAUGAACAAGCAUUAAAACUUGUUCAUUUGAGUAAUCUAUAUCAUAAUGAGUAUGCUGGACAACUUGCUGAGUUAUUAGUUGAAUCUACACGUAGUGGAGGUGGAUUUGAAGCAUCUAAAGUAUUUUUCUCCAAUUCUGGUACUGAAGCGAAUGAAGGUGCAUUAAAAUUCGCAAGAAAAUGGGGAAAACAUGUUGGUAAAAAAAGUAAUGAAGAAUUGAAUAUGAAUAAAUAUGGUGUUGUGUCAUUUUCAAACGCUUUUCAUGGUAGAUCUUUUGGAUCGUUGUCAGCUACACCUGCACCUAAAUAUCAAAGUCCAUUCGCGCCAAUGGUGCCAGGAUUUGUAACCAUACCUUAUAAUGAUAUUAGUAAGAUUAAUGAACAUGUGACCGAUAAAACCUGUGCUGUAAUUGUCGAACCUAUUCAAGGUGAGGGUGGAGUAUGGGAAGCCACCGUUCCAUUUAUUGAAGCUUUGAGAAAACGAUGUGAUGAAGUUGAUGCUUUACUGAUUUUUGAUGAAAUUCAGUGUGGUCUUGGUCGUACUGGAAAAUUAUGGGCACAUCAAAAUUAUCCAAAAUCUUGCCAUCCAGAUAUUAUGACAUUAGCUAAACCAUUAGCCAAUGGAAUCCCAAUUGGUGCCAUUAUUACUACACAACGUGUUGCUGAUAUAAUUGCGAUCGGUGAUCAUGGUACAACUUUUGGUGGUAAUCCCUUAGUAUGCCGAGCAGCUCUUUCAGUAGUUUCACGUAUAAACACACACGAAUUAUUGACAAAUGUUAAUAAUGUCGGAUCCUAUUUUAAAUCAGCGUUCGAAAAGUUAGCGACUAAAUAUCCAUCUCUUAUUUCAACUGUACGAGGGCGAGGACUUAUACUUGGAAUACAAUUUACUAAAAAUCCAAGUGGAAUGGUUCAAUUAGCCAGAGAACGAGGCCUAUUAAUAAUUACUGCCGCAAAUGAUACCAUCAGAAUUGUACCUCCAUUAAUAUUGACAAAAGAAGAGGCCGAAAAGGGCGUAGCAAUUUUGGAAGAAUGUUUGGAAAUCUUUGAAAAGGAAAAUAACUAA